AAUAGUUGAUGUCACCGGUGCACUGGAAUCACUGGCCUCACUGUGAAUAUCGUUGUUAAAUGUUUUUACAAAAAUGUUGAAAAUUGCAACAUUUUGCUGUUUCAUUUUGUUGAUUGUUGAGGGAGGCAUUGUAAAGCGAGAUGUAACUACUAGUCCAAAUUUGUUGAACGACCUGCAAACUAAUAUAGAACAGUUAAGGAAUUGCGUCGACCAGAGUCUGGCUUCCGUCGUGAGUAAUGUGAAUGAGCAGCAGUUGCAGCCUGUAUUCAAUAUAGUAGGUGACACACUGAAUCGGGUAUCUAAAGCAGUUAACGCUUACGUAAAACGUGACGCACCAGCACCAACUCAGCAGAACUACAUUGAAGAUGUUAAAAAACAAUUCGAGGACAUAAGCAAGUCAAUCGGGCAACAGUUGCAACAUGCCAUCAACCCUGACGAGAUUAAGAAGCAUUUGAACGAAUUCACAGAGAACGUUAACAAAGCGGUAAAUAUCUAUUUCAAAUACUAAUUUAGUAUUUCCUAUAAAGAUAAUACAUUUUGCAAUCACAAUUCUGUGUUGAGAUUUCUAUUAUAUAAGGCUCGGUAGUAGCGAUAUUAACGAAUGCUUGAGAAAUUCAUCAGUCUAUCUAAGUUUUGAAAGGUUUCGGGUAGCUCAAUAUUUAGAGCAGUCACUUGGAUUGUAAAAGGGUACAUCAUCAUCAACAGCCGAACGAUACCCACUGCUAAGCUUAGGCCUCCUCCAUUGAUCUCCACAACGAUCGGUCCUGCACUGCUCGCAUCUAGCGGCUUACCUCUUCUUUACACUCAAUGUGCGUCAUUUGGUACGUGGUCGCCAUUCUAG